AUGGCAGAAAUUACUGAUCAAACUCAAGUAAAUCAAGCUUCAUCUUCAUCAGUGAGCCAUUCCGCCAUUGAUGAUGUCUCUAGUCCGGACUAUCUUCACCAUUCAGAUAGUCCGGGGCUUAUUCUGGUUUCGCAGCAACUAACAGGCAACACUAAGCUUCUUAGUUCCUGGAUCCAUAACAAUAAUAUUGUUAUCUCUUGGAUCCUUAACUCCGUAUCAAAGGAGAUUUCUGCUAGCAUAAUAUAUUCCGAAUCUGCUCGAGAGAUUUGGAAUGAUCUCAAGGAGAGAUUUCAACAGAAAAAUGGUCCUCGAAUUUUCCAAUCAAGGGGUAACAAAAGGUUGGCAGAGCAUCACCAUAUGGGAUACGUCAUGUCAUUCCUAAUGGGAUUGAAUAACUCUUAUGCCCGAGUGAGAGGGCAACUAUUACUAAUGGAUCCAAUUCCACCAAUAAACAAGGUGUUUACACUUAUUUCACAAAAGGAACAUCAAAGAACCAUUAAUCUGACUAUUGGAACUGCUGAUUCCUUGGCUUUCUAUACAAGAAAUGAUGUGAAAAGAGCAGGCACAGGGCAAUCAUUUCACGGCAGGAGUCAAAAGAAAGACAGGCCAAUUUGUACAUACUGUGGAUAUGGAGGACAUACGAUUGAUAAGUGUUAUAAACUCCAUGGAUAUCCACCAAGAUACAAGUCAAAGCUGAAAGAUGGAUCAAGUAGCCACACAGGUUAUAUUCCUCAUCCAAAUACUACUGCUGCUAAUCAAAUUUCUGGUCAUAUUCCAGAUCAGUCUCAAGGAAACUAUCCAUUAGUGCACUUACUGGAAAAUCCUCUAUAA